GACAGUGACCAUUGGAGCUGAAGCUGGAAGGAAGGAGGAGGAAGCAGCCAGGUUUUCCAUGUAGCUGGGGCCGGUGCAAAGGCCCUGAGGGCAGCCGGACUGGGGAGGAGGAGGAAGUGCUGGUCUCCGGGGUCACACUAGUUUCCAUGGCAACAGCCAAAGGGUUUGGUCCUUUUGGGGAGCACACGGUGAACGCCAGCUGGAUUGCUGUGCAGGAGCUGGAGAAGCUGGGCCUGGGAGAUGGCGUGGACCUGCACGUGUACGAGAUCCCCGUGGAGUACAAGACGGUGCAGACACUCAUCCCCGCCCUGUGGGAGAAACACAGUCCGCAGCUAGUGGUGCAUGUGGGGGUGUCCGGGAUGGCCACCACCGUCACCCUCGAGAAGUGCGGGCACAACAAAGGUUACCAGGGCCUGGACAACUGCCGCUUCUGCCCUGGCUCCCAGUGCUGUGUGGAGGAUGGGCCCGAAAGCAUUGACUCCAUCAUUGACAUGGACGCCGUGUGCAAGAGGGUCACCACGCUGGGCCUGGACGUGUCGGUGACCAUCUCGCAGGACGCCGGCAGGUACCUGUGUGACUUCACCUACUACACCUCCCUGUACCAGAGCCACGGCCGCUCCGCCUUCGUCCACGUGCCACCGCUGGGCAAGCCCUAUGACGCCGGCCAGCUGGGCCGUGCGCUGAGGGCCAUCAUCGAGGAGAUGCUGGACGUGCUGGAGCAGUCGGAGGACAAGGUCCGCUGCUGCCACCAACCCUGAGGGUCACGGUCCCAGGAAGCCUGCGCCGGGGCCGCCCAGAACGAGAACGCGCCACCGUCCUCUCUCCUGUGCACGCGCUCUGGCCCCAGGGGUGGCCGAAGACGUUUUCCCUGGCUCCCAUGGCUUUGGGGACACCCUGGGAUGGACACUGGCAGUGGCUCUAGAUUUCCACAGAGAACCGAGGCGGGCAGAUCUGGGCCCUGCCGUCCUCGCCGCGGCCCACCUGUCCCCUCGGUUCGGCACGUCUGCGGGUGACGGGGGCCCAUAGUCGCUGUGCCCAUGGCCAGACCUUCUCAACUGUGAAAGUGUCCAAGUCCGUGCACAAACCGUGUCCCCGAAGCCUGGGUGGCCCCGGCCAUGGCCACCGUGGAGCGUGGCUGGCUUUGAUGUCUUUCUCUUUUUCUUUUUUUUCUUUUCAUGUUGCUUUUUGAGACUGGGUCUCACUGUGCAGCCCUGGCUGGCCUCGAACUCUUGCCUCAGCCUCCCGAGUGCUGGGGUCUCUGAACUUCCUUCUCUUCUUUCUCCCUCUGCAGAGGCGCCGAGGAAUUUAAAUGUCCUUGGCUAAAACUCGGGCUUUCUCCCUUCGGGGGCU